CAGCGAGUCGGUUGAGCCCAGGAACAACGGAAAUAGCGGUUAAUUUUGAAAAGUGAACGUCGAUUGAUUUAAACCUAAGAUUUGAAGAAGGCUAGUAAGCGCAUGACCUGCCACAAACGAUAUAAAAUUCAGAAAAAGGUUCGGGAGCACAACAGAAAACUCAGGAAAGAAGCCAAGAAACGUGGACACAAAAAGCCCAAGAAAGAUCCAGGAAUUCCCAACGCUGCACCAUUUAAGGAACAAGUUCUUCGUGAAGCUGAGCAAAGGAAACAAAGGCUUGAAGAACUAAAACAGAAGCAGAAACUUGCUAGGCAGAAGAACCUUGAAAAGAAAAGAAAGCUACAAGCUAAAAAGGAUGCUACCGAAACAAAGAAACAUCCAGAAGAAAAGCAAUCGACCAUGAAACUAAAAGCACAAUCGAACAGACUGCUGGAUAAAAAUUCAAAUAAAUCAUUUUGCAGAGAACUUAAAAAGGUGAUGGAGGUUUCAGAUAUAGUCCUGCAGGUUUUAGAUGCCAGAGAUCCCUUGGGCUCUCGGUGCUCCCAGGUAGAACAAAUCAUUACUCAGUCUGGAGGAAACAAAAAGCUACUAUUGGUGUUAAACAAAAUUGAUCUGGUACCAAGGGAGAACUUAGAGAAAUGGUUACACUAUUUGAAGAAUGAGUUUCCAACAGUCGCUUUUAAAUCCUCAAUGCAGCUGAAGGAUAGAAGCGUGCAGGAGAAGAAGCUCAGAAAGAAAAGUGCCCACGUUGACUUAUCAAGAGGCAGCAUGUGCUUUGGAAAUGAGUGCCUUUUGAAGCUUCUUCGAGAGUACUGCAAGACUCAAGACAAGACCAUUCAAGUUGGGGUGGUAGGCUUCCCUAAUGUGGGGAAGAGCAGCCUAAUCAAUAGUCUGAAAGAGGUGCGGGCCUGUAAUGUGGGGCCAGUAAGAGGUAUUACCAAGUGCAUGCAGACAGUCCAUAUUGACAAACAAAUCAAGAUGAUAGACAGCCCAAGCAUCAUUGCAGCCCCUUCCAACUCUGUUCUUGCACUGGCUUUGAGGAGCACCACGGAUAUUGAAGAAUCAGGAAAAUUAUUAGAUGCAGUAAAUGCUGUUCUGAAGCAUUGCAGUAAACAGCAGAUAAUGUUGUACUACAACAUCCCAGACUUCAGAAACUCUCUGGAAUUUUUAACUUUACUUGCACAGAAAAGGGGAAUGCUGAAAAAGGGAGGUGUCCCUGACACAGAGAGUGCAGCUAAAUUGCUACUUCAUGACUGGACAGGUGCCAAAGUUAGUUACCAUUCAUCACUUCCUGCAUCGCGGAGUCUUUCACCACAUCUCACCGACGAGGUGGUAAUGGAAAUGCGGCAGGGUUUUAACUUACAGGAGCUGGCAAAGGAUAACAUGAACACCAUUAACGCUUUAAAAUAUCCCAAUCUGGCGAGCAGUAUCACUUUCCAGUCUUCUGGCUUGACAAAUGGGACAAUAGAAGAAACUGAACUAACAGAGGAAACAUCAGACUUGGAAAACAUGGAAACUAGUGAAGAAGCAGAGGGAUUAUCUGAAGAUGAUCAGGACAGCGAUGAGGAAAAAGAAGCUGUUGAACAGGAAACUGACAUUCAGACAAGCAGCAAAACAAACCCUCAAAAACUGUGUGUGGAGAAUGAAAGCUUAGAAAAGCAACUAGCAGGUGAACAGCCGCGUACUUCAUCAUUCAACUUGGAUGAGACAGCAAACCAGGAUGAUGCUUAUGAUUUUAAUACAGAUUAUGUGUAAAGACAAAAACGUGUAUGCAAAGGCCUAAUUUUGAGAAGGGCAUUGCUAACUUUCUAAGCAGCUAUGAUCAGACUCUCCUUUGGCAUCUUAGUGCUGCGAAAAUCCUAUGGGCCUUGUUUGUAAGAAGCUGCUGCAACAACCCAACAUCUCUACUGAUGUAAAAAUAGAGAACACAACCGACGCAUGAUUUUCAAAAUUAAUGUUUGUUUACUAAAACAGUUUUGUAAAUUUUGUAGAUUUCUCUAAACAUCUGUAAACUUACUAAAUGAAUCUUAAGGACUAAAUAGCCUCUGAGUCUUAUAUGUACUAUAGAAAACUUAUUUCAGAAGAAGUUAUUCACUACCUUUUCCAUCUUGUAACUAAGGUGAGCAUUAAAGUUGGCACAAUAUAAAC